ACGUCCCUCCUUUUGUGCUAUCUACAUGCUAACUAAACAUACAGAUAGUGUACAUAUGUCAUUAGUUUGUCAUCAGUGGUUGGACUUUAACUCUUUCACACAUAUGGAUUAUAAACAUGGCUUCUCGUACAACGUUUUCUAUAGUGGCUGUUUUGCUAAGCGUCUUUUUGUAUUUUUACUUGGACGCUCAUGUACCGGAACAAUUCCCACAAAAAUUUAAACUGAAAAUAAUGGACGCUUUCAUGAAAACUUACGGACACGUUAUGUCUGGUAUGACCUCAUUAGGACUGAUCGAAUAUUUUUCUCCCGCCGACAGGAAGAUAGCUGAUUGGUUCAUACUUACCAUGACGACGGGUUUCCCAUGGGGUUCCGGUGUAGAUUCCAGACUUCAAAUAACUGAUACUAAACUUCGUGAUGUGAGAGUAAAAAUAUACCAGCCAGCAAACAGUCUUGGUAAAAAGAAACGUCCCGUACUUGUGUAUUUUCACGGUGGAGGAUGGAGCUUACUUUCGGCCGAUUGUUACGACCCAAUCAUGAGGAAGAUAUCUCGGGAAAGCGAUGUUGUUGUUAUAUCAGUCGACUACAGACUCAGUCCACAACAUCCGUUUCCGGUACCACUAAACGACUGCUUUGAUGUUGUGGAGUAUGUCUUGGAUAACAGUGACACACUAGGUGUUGAUUCGUCACGAGUUGCUAUAGGAGGCGACAGCGCUGGAGGAAACAUGGCGGCAGCAAUAUCUCUUCGGCUUCAAAAACGGAUAGCUUUACAACUCGUGCUUGUUCCCGUUUUACAAAUUAUCAAUUGGCAGACAACAGGAUAUAUGGAAAAUGUACUUUACCUUAACAAGAGUAUAAACUCACCGAAUUCAUUGGUUUUUCUUACGAACUACCUCAAUUUAUCACCUGCGUACGCACAUCAAUUUUUGAUAAACAAUCACACAUCACCUGAAUUUAAAAAAUCUAAAUAUUUUGACAGCGUCGAUCAGAAAAAAUGGAUGCCAAAAAAAUACGUUCGAACGAAGGACUUAUGGGAAAAUAUUGAAUAUAAGAAAGAUUUUGGAAAUCAAGAAUUAUUUAAAAAAGUAGAAGGAUAUCUUAAAGAACCUUUAAUUUCGCCAUUGAUAGCCGAUGACGAGACUUUAUCAGGACUUCCGUUUACUUACAUUAUGACAUGUGGAUAUGAUUUUAUACGUGAUGAUGGUAUAAUGUUUCACGAGAAACUCAAAUAUUUAAAUGUUAAAACAGAACUGGCUCAUUAUCCUGAAGGAUUUCACAAUGCUCUAAUGUUUCCCCAUGGGCCUCUGAAAAUGGACAUUGGUGUUAAAAUAAUUGCAGAUAUUGUACGAAUUUUGAAAAAUAAGCUAUAACUGGGUGACAAAUAUAUUAGUGUAUGCUAACAUAUUAACAUAUACAUGAUAUAUACUGCCUCAGAAUGGAUAUUUGUGUCUAUAUGAUUUUAAUUCAGUUUUGUUUGAAGCAAUUGUGUGUAUUUGCCAGAACGAAUGUGAAAAUUAUUAAACUGGUACAAAAUCUUA